UGUGUGAUUUGCAGAUAGCAGUUGAACCAGUGUGUCUGUGUAGCUAGAGUAACUAUGGUUAUUUACAGCUAACUAACUAGCGGUUGGUUCCAGUUAACUAGCAUAACCUUUUGAUUGCAUCGUUAACGUUUUGUGCAAUAAAGUUGUUAGCUACAGGUUUGGGAUUUUUCAUCUUAAUUGGAUUCACAUAAAAUGUGUCACCGGUUGCUAACUAACUCAUUCCGGGUGACAGUCGGGAGACCGCCCUUGCUAGCUAGAUACAGUACAUGUUGCAAAAGCCUGUGCUAGCUAGCUAGCAGCAACUUCAGUGCAUGUCGUCAAAGACAUUGCUAUUGAUGAGACACGCAAAAAGCGUUUCACUAUCCAAUGUACUGAAUAAUGCACAGAAAACGUUAGUAUUUAUUCAAUAGUAUAAGUGGGACACUCACAGAUAACACGCUGAUGCGGAGAGGGGCCUCCAACAAGCACGCCAUCUCUCUUCCCCGUAUCGAGCGCCCCAAUCGGAGCAGCACUUUCCGAAUACCCCGCCCUCCAGACCAGCUGCUCAGAUUUAAAAACUCAGCACAGAAAAAGAAGGCCCUUACGGGAGUCUACAGCCAAUCAUCAGCCAUGAAAAUAGCUGUGGAAGGGUGUUGCCAUGGAGAGCUGGAUAAGAUCUAUGAGACGAUUGGCUACCUGGAGCAGAAGGAGGGGGUGAAGGUAGACCUGCUGCUGUGUUGUGGAGACUUCCAGGCUGUGAGGAACGAGGGGGACAUGAAGUGCAUGGCUGUGCCGCAAAAGUACAGGCAGAUGCAGACCUUCUACAAGUACUACUCUGGAGAGAAGAAGGCUCCGGUCCUGACUAUCUUCAUCGGUGGGAAUCAUGAGGCCUCCAACCAUCUCCAGGAGCUCCCGUACGGGGGCUGGGUGGCUCCCAACAUCUACUACAUGGGUUAUGCUGGUGUUGUGCGCUACAAAGGAGUAAGGAUAGGUGGCUUGUCUGGAAUCUUCAAAGGGCAUGAUUACAGGAAAGGACAUUAUGAGUUCCCUCCAUAUAACCCAGAAACUCUACGCAGUGUUUACCACAUCAGGAACAUCGAUGUCUUCAAACUCAAACAGAUCCAGAUGCCUGUGGAUGUGUUCCUGACCCAUGACUGGCCUCGUGGGAUCUACCAUUACGGCAGCACAGGGGAGCUGCUGAGGAAGAAGAAGUUCCUGAGGCAGGAGGUGGAGUCCAACACACUGGGUAGUCCUGCAGCAGCAGAGCUCCUGGCCCACUUGCAGCCUAACUACUGGUUCUCUGCGCACCUCCACGUCAAGUUCGCUGCCCUAAUGCAGCACCCGGCCAAAGUUGAUGCUGCCCCCCGCACUACCAAAUUCCUCUCACUGGAUAAGUGCCUCCCAUACAGGGACUUCCUACAGAUCGUAGAGGUAGCAGACAGGCCAGGAUCGUCCCAGGGUCUGGAGUAUGAUCCAGAGUGGCUGGCCAUCCUCAAAGCUACAGACAGCCUGCAGACUGUCAGCCCUAAUUACUGGAACCCCCCGCAGAACAACGGCCUGCACACAAGGUGGGACUUCAGUGCUUCUGAGGCAGCCAUGAUGGAGGCUGUGGGUGACCUGGGGGGUGAACUGUCCAUCCCUGACAACUUCUGCCUGACCGUGCCAGCUUACGACCCUGCCCGGCCACAGCCCCAUGCCCACCCCAGCUACAGCACCAACCCACAGACCACCGAGCUCUGUGCCACCCUGGGUCUCAGAGACAUCUAUGCCCAGGUUGGGCAGGGAGGGUAUGGGGGCCAGAUAGGCACCCCAGAGCUGGAGGAUGAUGAAGUCCAGAGUGGAGAUGAACCCAGUGAGUAUCCUAGUGACACCUCAGGCCUGUCUAGCUCCUACAACCCUGAUGAGAUCACCAUAGAGGAUGAGUGGGAGGAGGAGGAGGAAGGAGAGAAAGGGGGAAGGGGGAAGAGCCCUGAUGCAGUGGUCCCAGAGGGGGAAGCGGGGGAGGUAGGGGGGAGACUGGACUCAGCGCCCCCCAGCCGCAUGGUUCUGACCAUGCCUGAGCCCAAAUUAGACCCCGCUCCUCCCUCACGCCUGUCCCUCAACCUCCCUCCUCCCUCUCACUCCUCACCUCCGAAAAAGGAGGAGGAGGAGGAGCCCCAUGUCCGGAUCCCUAAGCGCACCAGUGGGGAGACGGGGGACCCUAUCAGUACAGGCAGCACCCCUAGGAUCAAACGCAGGAACCAGGUCAUCUACACUGCAGUGGACGAUGACGAGAGUGAGGACUAGGGCUGGAACUUGACCCAGGUUUCAGGGGGAAGUCAGUGGGAACUGUUGUCAAAUAGAAGAUUCUUAUUAUCUCCUUUUUAUAUUGCUAUUGUCCUUCAAUGCAAACCAACAGAGAUUUCUUUUAGUAGAGGGAGAAUCCCUGAUGGAAAUGUAUUUUUUUAAGUCUGUUCAGAUCCUUUUUUUAAAAUUAUGAAAUAAAGAAAAUUGUGAUUUUUUUUAAAGAAAAGAAAUAAGUUUAAUUUCAGAUGAGGCACACUGUUUGAAGUUGUUGCUGUGGGUCAACUUCAAAAGGGCUGUGUUGGGAAACAAGAAAAGUUUAAGAACAUGAAUAUGUUUGUACACCAAAUAGUCAUAAACCAAUUUUGAACAUUAA